CAGACUUCAGUUGUCAACAAAGAAAAUUAUUUAGAUCGUUGAAAGUAAUUGAUUUCAAAUGUUAUUAAUUAUUUAAAACAAAUUAAAUAUGGCAAAUACAGGUUUAUUGCCAUUUGUGCGAGGAAUAGAUUUUACUUGCAAUGAUUUUAGCAAUGGCAAAUUUCCUGAUGCGAUUCGGUAUAUGACAGGCCUGCAAUGGCUUCGAUUAGACAAAACGAGUUUAACGGACAUCCCCGAGGAAUUGGGGAAACUUAUGAAAUUGGAAAACUUAUCGCUGAAGAAAAAUGAUUUAGAGAAAUUGUUUGGGGAAUUGACAGAAUUGAAAUGUCUAAGAUCAUUAAAUGUAAGGCAUAAUAAAGUCAAAAGUUCUGGAAUUCCUGCAGAACUAUUUCAUUUAGAAGAGUUGACAACACUUGACCUCUCUCACAAUAGACUGAAAGAAGUACCAGAAGGAUUAGAGAAGGCUAAAUCAUUGCUUGUAUUAAAUCUUAGUCAUAACAAAAUUGAAAGCAUACCACCAACAUUAUUUGUGCAGCUGACAGAUCUACUAUUUUUGGAUUUGUCAAAUAAUGCAUUGGAAACCCUGCCCCCUCAGACUAGAAGACUUGUGAACUUGCAAACUCUCAUACUAAAUGACAACCCACUUGGACUAUUUCAGUUGAGGCAAUUACCUUCACUGCAAAGCUUGGAAACCCUCCACAUGCGUAAUACACAACGCACUCUAGCCAACCUGCCAACUUCUCUGGACACCCUCUGCAAUUUAUCAGAUGUGGACUUGUCAAUGAAUGCCCUCACCAAAGUGCCUGAUGCGUUGUAUUCAUUGCAGAAUUUGAAGAGACUUAACCUUAGUGACAAUGAGAUAAAUGAAGUUUCCUCAGCAAUGGAUAUCUGGCAGAAAUUGGAAAAUCUCAACUUAUCACGAAAUAAGCUUACUGCCCUACCACCGUCAUUAUGUAAAUUGCAAAACUUAAGGAGGCUCCAUGUUGAUGAUAAUCAGUUGGAUUUUGAGGGAAUACCAUCAGGUAUUGGAAAGCUUGGAGCUCUUGAGGUGUUCUCUGCUGCAAAUAAUUUAUUGAAGAUGAUACCGGAGGGACUCUGCAGAUGUGGUUCUCUCAAAAAAUUAAAUUUAAGCUGCAAUAAGCUCAUUACAUUGCCAGAUGCAAUUCAUUUGCUAAGUGAUUUGGAAAGUCUACAAUUACAUGGUAAUCCAGAUCUAGUUAUGCCGCCGAAGCCUGUUGAGAGGCCGAAAGGUUCAGGUCUUCAAUACUAUAAUGUGGAUUUCUCACUUCAAACACAGUUGCAAUUGGCUGGGGCUGCCACACCAGAGUUAGCGGCACCAAAUUGCAACGGCAAGUCGGACCCGAUAGCGCGCAAGCUGCGCCUGCGCCGCGGGCGCGCGGAGCCCGAGCAGAAGGACUCGGCGGUGAUCCUGCGCGGCAUGCAGGAGCAGGCCAACACGCAGAACGCGAACGAGCUGCGCGAUCAGCCGAAUAGCGAGCUCAAACCAAAACGUUGGGAUGAAAGUCUGGAGAAGCCGCCAUUGGACUAUUCGGAGUUCUUUGACGAGGACACUGGCCAAACGCCAGGCUUACAAGUGUGGGAGAUUGAGAACUUUAUACCGGCUCCUGUUGAUGAAGUGGCACACGGCAAAUUCUUUGAGGGCGACUGCUACAUCAUAUUGAAAACUUCUAUUGAAGAGCAGGGUCAGCUUUCUUGGGAUAUACAUUUCUGGAUCGGAUCUAAAGCUACGCUGGACAAGGGCGCAUGCGCGGCGAUGCACGCGGUGAACCUGCGCAACUUCCUGGGCGCAAAACGCACGCAGCGCCACGAGCAAGCGGACGAGAGCCCGGAGUUCCUGGCGCUGUUCCCGCUGCCGCCUGUAUACAUUAACGGCAGCAGAACGCCGUCCGGCUUCUUCACCGUCGAUGAUCCACAUUAUGUUACCCGUUUGUACCGUGUGCACGGAGCUGGCAGUAGUAUCCACUUAGAGCCAGUAGCCGUAGAGGCUGCUUCACUCGAUCCGAGAUACGUCUUCGUGCUCGACACAGGAUUGAUUAUAUAUUUGUGGAAUGGCAAGAAAGCUAAGAAUACGCUCAAAUCGAAAGCUCGUCUGUUUGCGGAGAAAAUUAACAAAGAAGAAAGGAAGAAUAAGGCGGAGUUAAUAACGGAACCCCCGGGCAAGGAACCCAGAAGCUUUUGGGAAGUUCUUGGUUACGAUGGGGAUAUGCCUUUUGUUCCUGAGGAGCACGUGCCGGACGAGUUCAGCUGGCCGGCGCCGCGCCUGUACCGCGUGGAGCUGGGCAUGGGCUACCUGGAGCUGCCGCAGGCGGAGCGCGCGCCGCUCGCCCGCGACGUGCUCGCCACGCGCAACGUGUACAUACUGGACGCGCGCCUCGACGUGUUCGUGUGGUUCGGCAAGAAGUCGUCGCGGCUGGUGCGCGCGGCGGCGGUGAAGCUGGCGCAGGAGCUGUUCAACAUGGUGCCGCGGCCGCCGCACGCGCUCGUCACGCGCCUGCAGGAGGGCACCGAGACGCAGGUUUUCAAGACAUACUUCCUGGGUUGGGAAGAGGUGAUCGCAGUGGACUUCACCCGCACUGCGGAGUCUGUCGCCCGCACUGGGGCCGACCUGGCUGGAUGGGCAAGAAACCAGGAGACCAAAACGGACCUAUCAGCACUAUUCACACCCCGCCAGCCGGCCAUGUCAGCGGCUGAAGCGAAAACCCUCGCCGAUGAGUGGAACGAGGAUCUUGAAGCAAUGGAAGCUUUCGUUUUAGAAGGAAGGCACUUUGUACGGCUACCUGAUAACGAGCUGGGAGUGUUCUACAGCCACGACUGCUACGUGUUUCUAUGCAGAUACGUGUUACCGGCGGUGGAUGAUGAUGAAGGAGAGGAAAUCGAUGAAGAUGUUGAAGCCGAGUCAGCAUCCUGGGUGGUGUACUUCUGGCAAGGUCGGAAGGCUCCCAACAUGGGCUGGUUGACUUUCACGUUCGGUUUGGAGAGGAAGUUCAAACAGCUGUGUAAGAGAUUGGAUGUGGUGAGGACCCAUCAGCAACAGGAGAGCUUGAAGUUCAUGGCGCAUUUCAAGAGGAGAUUCAUUAUUAGGGACGGCAAGCGGAAUGCGAAAGUGGAGGGUCGGCAACCAGUGGAACUGUUUGAGCUGCGCAGUAAUGGCUCCGCGUUGUGCACCCGCCUGGUGCAGGUCAAAGCUGAUGCCACACAACUUAACUCGGCAUUCUGCUACAUCCUGAACGUGCCGCUGGAGGGCGCCAAGGAGACGUCGUCCGCGAUCGUGUACGCGUGGGUCGGCGCCCGCUGCGACGCCGACUCGGCGCGCCUCAUCGAGCUCAUCGCCGAGGAGAAGUUCAACAGCCCCUGGGUCAGCCUGCAGGUGUUAACUGAAGGCAGCGAGCCAGACAACUUCUUCUGGGUGGCGUUGGGCGGCCGCAAGCCGUACGACACCAGCGCUGACUUCCUCAACUACACGCGACUGUUCCGCUGCUCCAAUGAAAAGGGUUAUUUCACCGUGUCGGAGAAGUGUACCGAUUUCUGCCAGGACGAUCUGGCGGACGACGACAUAAUGAUCCUCGACAACGGCGAGCAGGUGUUCCUGUGGCUCGGCGCCAAGUGCUCCGAGGUUGAGAUCAAGCUCGCCUACAAAUCCGCACAGGUAUAUAUCCAGCACAUGAAUACUGUGCAACCAGAUAGACCAAGGAAGUUGUUCCUCACACUGAAAGACAAGGAGUCUCGCAGGUUCACCAAGUGCUUCCAUGGCUGGGGAGAGCAUAAAAGACCUCCAGAAUAAGAAAAACUAUCAUUAGUAUUAACAAAUUCAUUGAUAUAGUAUUGCUAUUGCUACAUGAUAUCACUCAUUCUUAAUUUAUCUUACUAUUUUUUUUUUUGCCUUAAAUACUCUUCUUGUCUGAUUUUAUUUAAAGAUAAUUAAUU